AUGCCUUUCUCUUAUGACAUCCUAGACAGGAACGCUUGGGCUACGGAAGACCAGUCUGGAAUUUCUCAGUUGGUGACUGCGAGCGCCAAUUCUGAAGCAGCAUGGCGUAACGAGGAAGAAUCAUCUGGGCAACCCGCGGGCGGAGGUGACGAAGCGCAGGCAGGCCCCAACGCUUCCGAUGAUCAGAUUGUCUGUAGGGAAUGCGAAGAGUGUCCUGCCAUCUGGUACUGUAAGGAAUGCCGCGCUCUUUGUGACGAGUGCUGGUUCAGUCGCGGGCCGCACAAGAGAAAGAGUCCUGCGCAUCAAAGGAUAACACUCAAUCAGUUCAAACUAUUUGAAAGGAUCCUGGACCCGGACUCCUCGACCCUAGACUCGCAACAUCGGGAUGAUGACGAUAGCUUGUGGUUCUCCGUCGAUGGUGAUACUGGCUCGCUUGAGCCUCGGGAAUUUCCACGUUUCGGCGCUAUUGUGUCCGAACACCAGAGGCAGCAUUCACCUCAAUCACCCCCUUAUCCUCGCCUUGUAUCCUUUGUUGGCAAGACUGGGGAAGGAAAGAGUGCGAUAAUACGACUUCUGAUAGAACAUUUAUGGGACGAGACAGCCCGGCGUAGGAUGAUAACACUCGACGUCCCUACCAAAGCCCCAGUCGUGGGGCCACGCCAGAGGAGUAUCCCGACUUCUGGAGAUGUACACCUUUAUUACGAUACACUGAUGGACGAAGACGAGGCCGUGGGCCGUCCACUACUAUAUGCGGACUGCGAAGGCUUUGGUGCUGGAACUCAGAGGCCUACAUACCAUCAUGGCCGACGAGGGGAUGACUGGAGGUCGGUUCCAGGGUUGCCAGACAUCCGAAGAUGGCAGGAUAGCUGGAGAUAUCUCCUGUACAACUUCUCCGACGUCGUUGUCAACGUUAUGCAGAGCCAUUCGUUGCGGCAGAUAGACGAUUCUAUUGUCGAAUUACUCGAAUGGGCCGAAGUUUCGCAUAUAUCUGCUACCAAUCGCUUUGGGUUACCUCACCUGAUAAUCGUCGUUAAUCGAUCUGACGAUAACUCAAACUGGGAUCCUAUCGCGACUGGCCAACAAAUCCUCACUGAGCAGCAACGUAUCUUGGAAGGAAACGACAAGGUGAGAGCAAUGGCGGACCGAUUUCGCGGGGUUGGUAUUGAGAUCAAUACCCUGGAAGAUCUCCUUUUAACCUCAUAUGCUCAAGGAGCCCUUCGACUUCUUAGCUCAGCUGAAUCGCUUCGCCCGCCUCCGGCUAAGAUGGCAGCAAGGCUUUCAGAACUGAUGAUCGCGACGUUCAAGGUUUUAGACACAAAUGGCGAUCGAAAUUCUAUUGCGUCGCGAUUCUCUGGUGUUAUGGCUCCACUUGUCUGCUCCAUCAUGGCUCUAGAUGCUGCGCGGUCGUUCAAGAGUCUUGCAGGGAGAUGGGUUGACAUCUUUUGCGGCGAAACCGACCAAACAGCUCAGAGCUGUUGGGGAUCAAACAAGAAUUCCUACAAAGUGCAGGUCGUUUAA